UACCGCCUUCUUGUCCCUGCCGUACCUUCCUAAAAGUGACUUCAUGGAGCAAUCCAUUUUCACGCCGAGAGAAUCCUCACCACUCUCAUUAUGUCGAAACUCUCACCCUCCUUGAAAGCCUUGAUAAGCGCACCGCAUGCCCGUCCUGGAUAUGCUCCUGCACCCAAAAAUAUCCGCGCAGUAUUCCAAAAGAUAGAGGAGGAAGCCUCCACGAACAAUGUUGGACUGGCAUCAUGGCUAACAAUCUCGGUACAUCAAUUCCUAUCAAACGCCCAAAUCAUAAAAAUGGGAAACUGAUAUUUCCGAAUGGCAGACAGCUGCGACUAUGACGAUGAAUUCUCCCGACUCAAUGUUGGAGCUCUUCCGACUUGCGACGAAGGACAAGGAUCAUGCGCAGACGGUGAAAACCGUGGAGCAGAUGAGAGAAGUAGGCUUGAAAUGUAUAGGGUUCAAUGGAGUGAGAUGGCAUACUUGUACUUGAGAAUGCAGCAACGGAAUCUAACAAUGCAUCUCAGAUUCCAAGAACAAUCAAUGUUCUAGGUCAGUUCCGGGCAAGUCUACCAAAUGAGAUCAUGAAAUCAUUGAAUAAAACCCCAUCUCGGUAAGUUCGUUCUCCCGUUGGCACCAAUUAAACGUCUGCUAAGAGUCUCAAUUACUAGUGAAUUGGAAAGUACCAAUGUUGAUGAUACCAAAAUUCGAGGUCGCGGACUAUGGGAUUCCAUUUACCGACCUUUUGAAGCAAAACUACUCGACAAGCUCGCAGAAUCGCAUCCGGAUCUCCCAGUGUUCAUCCUAAAUUGUUACUCAAGCCUCUUCAGCGACCCUCCUAUCUCAUCACGGCCAGUAAAGAUCGGCAGAGUUCUGACAAGUUUGAUCGGUAUAACAUGCUUAAGAGCACAAACCGGAGUGGGUCCACAGGUCACCAGCCAUGUAUUUGGUUUACGGAAAGCGUUUGAGGAUGGUACAUAUAAGGCAUCCGGUGAAGAACCUGUGGAGGGAGGAGAAUGGUUAGCAGGCGAAGAGGGAAAUGCAUGGAUUCUUAAUACAGUAGAUAAGAUUGUCGGAGCUAUUGGUGGUGAGAGUGGAGGAACGACAUUCGCGCCUGGUAUUAAGGCAAAAUUAUAGAUAUACGAGUGUUUUAAUAUAAUUUUACAUUACAUAAAUUAUAUAUAAGUACAACUA